AUGGCAUCGGAGCAGUACAGCAGCAGCUACGACACGACCGCCGAGAAGACGGAUCAGGCGAAGAACGCUUUGAGCAGCACAGCCGAUCGGACCCGGGAGACCGGCGCGGAGAAGACAGGGCAGGCUCAUGACGGGGCUGCCACCGUGCAGGACACGGCGAGGGCCGUGUCCUGCACGGCGAGGGCCGUCUGGGAUCAGACCAAGCGGGCGGCCUCCGACGCCAAAGACACGGUGACGGCGCAGGCCAAGGAAGCGGCCGCCGACGAAGCGGGCGCAGCGAAGGACGCGACGUCGCGGAAGGCGGAGGGCCAGAAUGUCGCCGCCGACAAGACCUCGCAGAACCGGAGCUCCACCAACGACACCGUCGGCCGAGAUGGAGAACUUUAA